GAAAUCUCAAUCUUUGGUGCACACAAGGGAAGAGUAUAAAUAGGCAGAAAGAGGGAAAAAAAACAACUAAUACCCAAAAAGAAGAGAAGUUAUAAAAGCUAAAUUUUCAAUUCAAUUUCAGUUAUUUUUCAUUUUCAUUUUGAUAUUUUUUCCAUUGUGGAGGCACCUCGGUGAUCAAUUCUCUGCCAUUUUCCCGAGGCAAUCCACAAUCCACAAUCUACUAUCCGCAUUUCCCCUAAAUUUAUUUAUUUAUUUAUUUUAAAUCUGCCCAUCUCAAUUUUGUUAUUAAAUUUUGGAUAUGCAUACAUAUUCAUCUUUACAGGUUUUCAAGGGAGAAUUUUGGUUUUUUUCUCCUAUAUUUUCAGGGAAUUUUCUGGGUAUUUACGUAUAGGUUUUUGAAGGGUGUGGUAGUUAAUGCAUAAAGAAACAGAAAUAAAUUUUUUGUGGGUAUUGUAUAUAUUUAGAGGAAAUAAAGAUGAGCACGAUGUCGAGUCAAGUUAUGCCCGUUUGUGAUAUAUUAUGUUUCUUUUGCCCCGGAUUGCGUACGAGAUCGAGGCAGCCCAUCAAGCGCUACAAGAAAUUGCUUUCUGAUAUAUUCCCUCGAACUCCGGAUGAACAAGUAAAUGAUCGAAAGAUUGGUAAACUCUGUGAAUAUGCAGCUAGAAACCCUCUCCGUAUUCCAAAGAUCACGAGCUCUCUUGAGCAAAGGUGUUACAAGGAUUUGAGAACCGAGCAGUUUCAAUCUGUAAGAAUUGUUAUGUCUAUCUACAGGAAGUUGUUGGUUUCAUGUAAGGAGCAAAUGCCAUUGUUUGCUAGCAGCUUGCUUAGCAUCAUACACAUUCUACUAGAUCAAACUCGGCAUGAUGGUAUUCGCAUAUUAGGAUGCCAAACUCUAUUUGACUUUGUGAAUAAUCAGACAGAUGGUACUUAUGUGUUCAAUUUAGACGGCUUGAUUCCAAAACUUUGUCAUUUAGUUCAGGAAAUAGGAGAGCCGGGAAGGAUAGAAGACAUACGUACUGCUGGGCUUCAGGCUCUCUCAUCAAUGGUUUGGUUCAUGGGCGAAUUCUCUCAUAUUUCAGCAGAUUUUGAUACUGUGGUUUCGGUUGUCUUGGAUAAUUAUGAACCUCCAGACAAUAGUGCAGAUACAGAUGGUUUCCGGAGUGAAGGUGUUCAAGAUGAUUCUCUUUCAUCAGAUACCCUAAGAAGGAUUCCUUCUUGGAGGAAAAUCGUUAGUGAGCAAGGCGAUGUUAACAUAUCUCAAGAGGAUUUGAAGAAUCCUACAUUUUGGUCAAAGGUUUGCCUGCAUAACAUGGCACAGUUGGCAAAGGAAGCUACAACUGUCCGGCGUGUCCUUGAGUCACUGUUCCGCUAUUUUGAUGAUGGUGACCUCUGGUCUCCACAACAUGGUCUUGCUCUUUCUGUCCUGCUGGAUAUGCAGUUAGUAAUAGAGAAAACUGGACAAAAAACACACUUUGUAUUGUCCAUCUUAAUUAAGCACCUUGAUCACAAGAAUGUUCUUAAGAAGCCCAAUAUGCAACUAGACAUUGUCAAUGUUGCUACCAGCCUUGCUCAACAAACUAAGGUUCAACCAUCUGUGGCUAUAAUUGGUGCAUUGAGUGAUAUGAUGAGACACUUGCGGAAAAGCAUACACUGCUCACUUGAUGAUGCCAAACUGGGGACUGAGGUAAUUGAAUGGAACCGUAAAUUUCGAGUGGCAGUAGAUGGGUGCCUUGUGCAGAUAGCCUUCAAGGUUGGAGAUGCUGAUCCUAUUCUUGAUGUUAUGGCUGUGAUGUUGGAGAAUAUGCCAAGUAUUACUGUCAUGGCCAGAACCUUAAUUUCUGCUGUUUAUCGUACUGCUCAGAUAGUGGCGUCCCUGCCAAAUUUGACCUAUCAGAACAAGGCUUUUCCUGAGGCAUUAUUUCAUCAAUUACUUCUGGCUAUGGUCUAUGAUGACCAUGAAACCAGGGUGGGUGCACACCGCAUAUUUUCUAUUGUUCUUGUCCCAUCUUCUGUUUGCCCCCGUGGUCCUGCUGCUCCUACUGCUGCUGCUGUUGCCGCAUCUUUUACUGUCUCAGCUUCUGCUUCUGUUCCCAUUCCCAGUAGACCUACCAAUAUGCAAAGGAUGCUAUCAAGAACUGUAUCUGUGUUUUCUUCUUCAGCUGCUCUCUUCGAAAAAUUAAAAAAGGAAGAGAAUUCUUCCCAAGAAAAUAGUUGUGAAGAUAGAAAGGAAAAAAUUACACCUAACGAGGGUCCAACAGCUAAUAAUCCUUCCAUGCUCAAUAGGUUGAAGUCAAGUUACAGCCGAGCUUAUAGUGUGAAAAGGACUCAACAACCUGUGGCUGUGACUGUAACAGCAGAUGAGACACCCAUCAGCAAGUUGAACAAAGAACAGAUAAUAUCCCUUAGGUUGAGCAGUCGCCAGAUUACCCUCCUGCUUUCAUCUAUUUGGGCACAAUCCUUGUCUCCUUUAAAUACACCUGUGAACUAUGAAGCAAUUGCUCAUAGCUACAGCCUGGUGUUGCUAUUUGCCCGGACCAAGAACUCCAGCAAUGAGACUUUAAUUCGGAGUUUUCAACUAGCAUUUUCCUUAAGGGGCUUUGCUCUUGGAGGAGGGCCACUGCAGCCAUCACGUCGCCGUUCCCUCUUUAUCUUGUCAACAUCUAUGAUUAUCUUUUCAUCAAAAGCCUUCAACAUCCUGCCUCUCGUUUCAUGUGCUAGAGCUACAAUCACAGAUAAAACAGUCGAUCCAUUUCUAAAAUUGGUGGAUGAGUGCAAGUUACAGGCUGUUAUCAACCCAACAGGCCCGAGAAAGGUUUAUGGAUCUAAAGAAGACAAUGAGGAUGCUCUAAAGUCACUUGCAGCAAUAGAAAUAACAGACAGCCAAACAAAAGAAUCAUUUGCUAACAUGAUAGCAAAGUUUACUGGAAAAUCAUCAAAGCAAGACUCUGCCUUAAAGGAGCAGUUGCUUAAGGACUUUGUGCCAGAUGAUGUGUGUCCACUGGGAGCUGAUUUAUUCAUGGAGAUACUGGAAGAAAGGUCAGAGCCAGUAUCAGAACACAAAGGUUCUGAGAAGGCUGAGCCUCUACUAUUCUCAUUAGAAGAUAAUUUACCUAAUGCAACUGAAGGUCAAAAUAAUAGUGGUCUGCUGCUGGGACCAGAACUUCCGGUUCUUCUGAGUGUUGGGGAACUUCUAACCGCAGUUUCAGAAACAACUUAUCAAGUUGGAAGAUUUUCAGCCUCGACUCCAAAUGAUAUGCCUUACAAGGAAAUGGCUGGCCAGUGUGAGGCUCUUACAGCAGGAAAGCAGAAAAAGAUGUCUGAUUUAAUGAGUUCUCAAGAAAAGCAAGAAAAUAUGGUUAAAGUAUCUGCUUAUGAAUAUAACCAAGGGAAACAGAUGCCAUCCAAUUCUCAGUUUCAGCAGAGUGGAAACCCAUUCCUUGACGAAAAUUUCAAUACUCAAUUCAACCCUGCAUCCACUGGUUUAUUGCUUUGCGCAUCUGAGUUUCAGUAUCACCAGCAAUUUCAGUUACCAGCAUCAAGUCCCUAUGAUAACUUCCUAAGGGCCGCUGGUUGUUGAUUCUGUAAAAAUUAUAGCAGCUCUCACGAGUCUCAGACUCCGUAGUGGAGUUUAGUACAUAUAUUUUAUCUAUACAUAUAUAUACAUGCAUAGGCUCGAACUAUUGGUGGAUCAGCGAUUCAGCAUCGCCAUCUCGUGUUCAACAUCAGUUAAUGAAUGAAGCUUAAAUUCUAUGAAGGAGUUAAGCAUGAAGAUGAGAUGUUUUGUUCUUCCAUUCUUUUAUUCUUUCAUCUUUCUUUCACUUUUUGAAGGGAGGAUUUUUGCCUGUUCCUUCACUUGUAUAUAUAUAAAAUUUUCUGAGCAUUCUUUCGCUCGCUCCUUCAAAUUCUGCAAGGAGCUUGUAAAGUUUACAUAUGAUAUAUAUAAAAUUAUUAUUGAUAAAAGUGAGUUUGUA